CCGGGCCGGGCCGUGCCGUGCCGGGCCGGGCAUGGCGGGGUAAGGGCGCGGAGGCACCAUGCGGCCCCCCCGCCUCCUGCCGCUGCUGCUGCUGCUGGUGGCCGGCCGCGGGGCGCGGGGCGCGGCGGAGCCGGGGGCGCUCGAGGUGCUGCUGAAGGUGCAGGUGUAUGAGAGCGGGGCGCUGGCCCCGCUGGCCCAGGCCACCCUGGAGGUUUUUGGCAACCGCAGCUCGCUGGCCACUGGCACCACCGACCACGAGGGCGCUGGCGUCCUGCCCCUCGCCUACCGCCUGGGCUCCUGGGUCCUCGUCACCGCCACCCACCGCGGCUACGUCACCGCCUCCGUGCCCUGGCGUGUCACCAAGCUGCCAUUGUAUGCCUCCGUCAGCCUCUACCUGCUCCCGGAGCGCCCCGCCACCCUCAUCCUCUACGAGGACCUGGUGCAAAUCCUGCUGGGCUCCCCAGGCGCCCGGGGCCAGCCGUGGGUGCAGUUCCAGAGGCGGGCGGCGCGCCUGCCCCGCAGCUCCACGUACAGCCAGCUCUGGGCAUCGCUGACGGCCGCCACCGCCCCGCGGGACCUGCGGAGCUUCCCUGCCUUCCUGGGGGCUGAGCACAACGGCAGUGCCAAUGCCACCUGGCUGGAGCUGGCGCCCGUGGCGGCCCUCAGUGUUCACCUCUUCACGGGGAACGGCACUGAGGUGCAGCUCUCCGGCCCCGUCCAUCUGUCCAUCCCACUGCCCCCCGACACCGGCACCCUGGUGGCCACCAGCGUGCCCGCCUGGAGGUUUGACCCCAAGAGUGGGCUGUGGGUCCGCAAUGGGACGGGGCUGAUCCGCAAGGAGGGCCGGCAGCUGUACUGGACCUUUGUCUCCCCCCAGCUUGGGUACUGGGCAGCAGCUCUGCCCUCUCCUAGCACAGGGCUGGUGGCGAUGGCUGCGGGCAUGAAGGACAUCACCGCCUACCACACCAUCUUCCUGCUCACCAUCCUGGGCGCGCUGGCCCUGCUCGUCCUCACCCUACUCUGCCUCCUCAUCUACUACUGCAGGCGGCGAUGCCUGAAGCCGCGGCAGCAGCACCGCAAGCUGCCGCUCUCGGGGACCUUGGACGCCUCCAAGCGGGACCAGGCCACCUCCAUGUCGCAGCUGAACCUCAUCUGCAGCAGCCACCUAGAGACGGCGUCCUCAGGGGGGGACACCGAGGCGCACACCCCCGUCCUCAAGUCCUCCUUCGCUGCCUCCCGUGACUUCGACAGCUCCCGUGAGGACUUCUUCAAGCAGGUCCCGGCCCCCCCAGCCCCCCCAGCGCCCGCCAGCACUCUGGGGCGCCGCCGCGUUCCCCGGGAGGACUUCGGCCGCCCGGGCGAAGCCUUUGGCCUCGCGGCCGCCCGCUCAACAGAGGGGCUGGUGCCACCUCCGCUGGAUGACUACCAGCGGGGCCACCCCCCGGCCCCCCGCCCCGAGCCCUUCGAGCGGCCGGUGGGGGGGGACCUGCCACCCACUGAGCCGCUGCCGCCGCCGCCACCGCCGCCGCGGCCACCCUCGCUGGGCCAGCCGGGCCAGCUCAUCCUCUGCGGCCCCCUCGACGGCGGCCAGGAGGACGUGUACCGCGGCGUGGUGCCCACCCUGCUCAUCCCCGCCCGCUACAUGCGCCUGGACGGGGCGCCCGAGGGGACCCCCCAGCCGGACGGGGGUGGCCCGGCGGUGACAGCGGCGGCGGCGGCGGCGGUGACCGGUCCCCCUCCCGUGGCGGCAGCGGCCCCCGGGGGGGCCCCGGUGGCCAUCCCGGUGCUGCUGAACGAGUCGGCGGUGGCGCAGCUCAACGGGGAGCUGCAGGCGCUGGCGGAGCAGAAGCUGCUGGCGCCGCGCGCCUGGUUCGUCUCGCUGGACGGCCGCGCGUCCCACGUCCGCCACUCCUACAUCGACCUGCAGGGCGGUGACAGGGGGCCCCUGCCCCGUGCCCGGCCCCCCCGUGCCCCCCCCUCGCCCGAGGACAGCGCCCUGGCC